AUGCCUAGGCAGCAAGACGAAGCCAUUGGCAGGGUCGUGUAUAUCAGUCCAACAGCUGGUGAUUCGUACUUCUUAAGGAUUUUAUUAAAUAUUGUGAGGGGUCCUAGAGGUUAUGACGAGGUUAUAAACCCACUUAAGCUUUCGGACCAUACCUGGAGGUUAUUAGCUGAGGACAUAUUUUACAUUAAACGAAAGGAAUUUCGAUUUCCAGAACUUGACUUACAAGAUGAGCAGUUGAAGCAGUAUACUCUACUUGAGGUGGAAAAGCACGUGAAAGAACAUAAUCAGUCGCUAGCAGACUACGAUAAUAUGCCUCAGCCAGAUAAAUCAAUUUUAUCAGAGAUAGACAACCCAGAUUUACGUCAGGAACUGAUCUAUGACGUUAGGAAAGAGGCUGAGACGCAUAGACAAUUGUUUGGCGCAUUAAAUCAGGAUCAGCGGAAUGUAUAUGAUGCUGUUUUGAAGUCAGUCGAAGAUCAGUCGGGACAAUUGAUCUUUGUAUAUGGUGCAGGAGGAACGGGUAAGACAUACCUAUACAGAACUAUUAUCGCAAGGCUUAGGCCAGCUAGCAAAAUAGUUAUACCAGUUGCCACUGCUGGUAUCGCUGCGCUACUUCUUCUAGGCGGGAGGACAGCUCACUCACGGUUUAAAUUGCCACUGAACCUAGAUGAUCGCUCGAUGUCUGAAAUUCACAAAGGGUCCAGCUUAGCUGCGUUAAUAUCUAAGGUGAACCUAAUAAUAUGGGAUGAAGCGCCGAUGGCACACAGACACGCGUUUGAAACACUAGACCGUUCUCUCAGAGAUUUGUUGUCGCAUGAUAACCCGUCGGCUGUGACCCAACCUUUUGGUGGCAAAACGGUGCUUCUUGGCGGUGAUUUUAGACAGAUCUUGUCAGUUAUCCCACACGGAAAAAGGCCAGACAUGGUUCUCGCAUCCAUUAGCAAAUAUUAUCUAUGGAAAAUGGCACGAGUAUUCUCUCUAUUCAUAAACAUUCGACUGCGGCAAGAAGAUAAAGAUUUCGCGAAAUGGAUCUUAGAAGUCGGAGAUGGGGAAGCUGACACUUCUGAAACUUCACAUGAGGCAUUAGGAGAUGCUUCAUAUCCUAACUUCCUCCAGAACUAUCGAAGCAAGGAAUAUCUUAAAGAGAGAGUUGUCUUGACCCCUACAAAUAAUAUUGUACACGAGGUAAACGCCUAUCUCCUCACCAAGGUCCCAUCACAGGCUAGAGAGUAUUUAAGCUCUGGUUCCAUUGAGUUAGAAGCUACACCGGAUGAUGACUGGACCAACCAUUACCCUCAAAAGUAUCUAAAUUCACUAGAAUUUCCUAGCAUGCCCAACCACAUAUUGUGUUUGAAAGUUGGAGCUCCAGUGAUGAUGCUGCGCAAUCUUAACAAGGAUCAAGGUUUGUGUAAUGGUACAAGAAUGAUGGUCAAACGACUUGGUCACAGGGUUGUUGCAGCCGAAAUCAUGGCUGGGACAGAUGUUGGAGAACAAGUUUUGAUUCCUAGGAUACAGCUGAGUCCCACUGACACCAUUCAUCCCUCGUCUUUCGUCGAUGCUAAUUCCCAAUCAGAUUGUGCUACGCCAUGA